AUGCGGACGCGCCAUCGCUGCCGCGCCCAAUUCGGGGCACCGGCGUGGGCUCCGCCGCCGCUGCAACUACUGCUACUAUUACUAGCCACCUGGGCGGCGUGCUGUUGUGUGGCUGCAGCCGCACAGGGAAACGCCGCCGCCACCUUCUCCUGCCCCAUCGGGUGGACGUUGUGGUCGCCGCCGUCGCAGCCGCGUGGCGACGCGCCGGCGGAUGCUGCCGCGGCGUUGUGCGUGCAGCCGCAGAGACUUCGAGUGGCACCGGCCGAGGUGGCCGACGUGUGUGCCCGCAUCUUUGACUUGUACCCGCCCCGUGGCUGGAGUGGCGCCGCCAGAGAACUCGCCCCGCGGGCCAUCUCCGUGCAUUCCGACGAGCAAAAUGCGUGGCUGCGAGACCUGCUGCAGCCGCUUUUCGCCGCGACGGGGGAGCCCGUGGCGCUCGGUGGUGCCGCCGGGUUCGGGGAUGUCGCCUGGUGGGACGGCGUCGACGCGGGGGGCGGGGCGCCGCAGUACGCCCACUUUGCCCCCGCAGUGGACUGGCGAACGCGCAGCGGUUGCAUCGCCAUGCAGCCCGACGGUUAUUGGCGCCUGGUGGACUGCAAGACCCCGCGAAGGGCAUUUGCGUGCUCCUUCCCGCUCCCUGCCGCCGCCGAGGGCAGCGGCGAGGGCGGCGGCAGCGAACACGGCGGGGAGAGUCCGUCGCCGCCGACGGAGGCUCCCGCGGGGGACGAGCCCGUCCUCCCACCGCAACCCACCCGCCCGCCGGUGCCAACCCGCCCCCCGCGUGUCUCACCGGGUGGUCGUCGUACGCGGAGAAAUGUUACCGCCUCUACACGGCCUCGAUCGACGAAGAGGCGGCGGCGGGGGGCGGCGGCGACGGCGGGAGGACGCAGCAGGCGGCGCGGCAGUUUUGUGAGGCACUCCAUCCCCGCAUCACCCUCACUGGCGUGCUAA